AUGAAGCUCCUUACGCACAACUUUCUAUCGUCACGUUUUUUGAAGAACGUCGUCAAUGGGUAUCCUUUGAUUCUUCGGGCGAACCAAAAAGCAAACAAAGAAGUGGAGUUUAACGAGAAAUUUGUGCUUAACAUGAUGCCUAAGGUUGACUACGCUUCAUUAUACAAUGCAGCUUUAUCGAUUGGAGAGGCUGGAAACAUGCCCGCAACUUUACCAGAGGACUGGGAGACGAACGUACCAGUUCUGAUGGAGUUUAUCUCUUUAUUUAUGUCAUAUAUUAGUCAUUCUCAGUUACACCGAGUAAUGUUAUGUGUUGAAAUCGUGGAUGGCGAGCUUGAAUGUCCGGAUACAGGUCGAAAGUUCCCCAUCAAGGACGGUAUACCAAAUUUGUUAGUGAAUGAAAAUGAAGUUUAA